AUGUUGAAACUUUUAAAUUCGUUCUUAAUUUUCUUUUUGUUUUUUAUUUCGUGUUCGGCCAGUUACCAUGAGCAGUAUAGAGUACCCAUUUCCAGUUCUCCGAAGUUUGAGUCCUACGUGUUCAACAAUAAGGAGUAUAUCGUCCAAUUGUUGCCGGUCAACUGGGAGAAUGCCAAGAUAUUGUGCCGGGGUUACCAUAAUGGAAGCUUGGCUGUAUUGGACACCAGAGACAAAGCUGAGUUCUUAGCCGAAGCGUUGGCCGAGUCACAGUUCUCCCUGGCCUCAGUAUGGGUGGGGGCCCGCAGAGACUCGGCAGAGGACGCCGCGGGGUACCGCUGGGGCCCCGGCAUGGAGCUGCGGAGGACCGCACUAGAUGUGCUGGGCAAUGAGGAAGAAGAUAAUGUGGCUAGACAUUAUCCUAUGUGGCUGAACAGAACCCACGUACCAGUCCCGGAGACGGGGGCUGACUGCGUAGCCCUAGAGCGAGUUAGCCACGACCACCCUGUGUUCCUCGACCUGCCGUGUCAUUUGGAACGCGCCUUCGCUUGUGAGAGAGAUGCCCGUGACAUAGUCCGCGUGACGGAGGUGAACACGGUACGAUGCAGGAAUGGGCUUUACCAUCUCUACAGUGGCAAGAUGGACUGGCAUCAGGCUGCUGCUUACUGCGUGCUUAAAGGAAUGGCGUUGGCAAAUAUUGGAUCAUUAAAAUGCUUAAGAAGAUUGGGCAUGACGAUGUUGAAGAAUCGACCGAGUAUCGAGAACGCCUGGGUAGGUGCUAAGGGCAAUCUGGGCCACUGGAAGUGGAUAGACACCGGAGUGAGUGUCUUCCAGACUCCCCCGCUCAGUGACGCCGCUCCUGACGCCUGGCCUCCUAUGAGGGACAGGAACAAUGUAAAACAAAAUGGCUGCCUACAACUAGACAGACACGCGUCUCAUCCGCCAGUGUUCCUGGAGUCACGCUGCGAGAGGAAGAUGCAGUUCAUCUGCUAUGAAGGUUGGUAUACCUACCUACUUCCUUUCACGGUGGCGACACCUAGCGACGACCAGUUCUACUACGUGCUUGUCCGACAGUUGUUCUACUGGCAGCACGCCUACCAAAACUGCUUGAAACUCAACGGAACGCUCGCUAGUUUGGAUAACAACGAUAUUUUAAUACAAUUGCUGCUUGUUAUGGGCGAGAAUAAGGAGGAACCGAUCGAACACAUUUGGGUCUCCGGCCGCCUGAACCUGACCAAGGACCUAACAACGGAUGCCGUCCACUACUCCUGGUACAAUCCAAAUGGCGGGAAACGCAUCCCGGACCCAAGGUCUGGAGACGCUAAGACUGGUUUAUACAUGCCGCCAUGGUUGGAUGAAGAAUUCUCAAUGGAUAAUUCCUGCUUGAAUUUAGACAGACAAGACCAUCUUGUUGGUUUGGUCUACGGAUUAGCAUGCGACACAGCACAGUAUUCUAUUUGUAUGAUAGAUAAAGAGCAGGGAGCAGCUCGUAAAGUUUCAAACAAACCUGUGGCUAUACCAAUAAUACCUACUCCAAUCGUCUCACCAGCUGCGGUGAUCGCCGAGCCAAUAUCAACCUCAACAGUAGAUGGUUAUGACUCCUCAUGAAACAUAAAUACUUAGAGUAAUGUAUAAGGAAUAGUAUUACAUGUUUAUCCAUUUUAUAGAAAAUAAAUAAACCAGAAAAGUG